GAAAAGUUUUAGUUAACUUUAUUGUGAUGAUAUUUGCUCUUACAAUAAUAUUUACAGCAAAAGUGAAUUACUUUAUGGGAUUGCUUCUUCCAAUUCCAAAAGGAAUUUGUAAUGAAAAACAUAAUGAAAGCAGGAGUUUGGGUAUUUGUAACGUAUCAAACUAUGUCUUCAGUGACGCAACAGGUAUUCAAAAUAUUAAUUCAUCAUGUUUCAAUGCAUCAAAUGAUAUCAACGGAGUUUUACCAGGUGGAAUUUAUGAACCGGAUGCUUGCAUUUCAUCUCAAACAGUUGCCAUCAUUGUGCCAUAUAGGGACAGACCGGAACAUUUGAAGAUAUUUUUAAAGGCAAUACAUAGCUUUCUUAAAAAGCAAAAUAUCAGUUACGGAAUUUACGUGUUAGAACUUGCGUUACCAACAACUUUCAAUAGAGGCCUACUCCUGAACAUUGGAUAUUUAGUGGCAAAGUCUGAGAAACCGUAUGACUGCUUCAUCUUUCAUGAUGUCGAUCUUAUUCCAACUAACGAACGUAACAUGUAUUUAUGCAAUGAAAAUGCACUACACAUGUCAACAUUUAACACGAAAUUCUUCAAAAAUAAGAAAAAUGCAAUGCCUUACGCUGACUACAUAGGAGGAGUGCUUGCUCUUACCGAUGACCAGUUUCGAAAGGUUAAUGGGUUUUCGAACCUUUAUUUCGGAUGGGGAGGAGAGGAUGAUGAUAUGUUUACAAGAUUAAAAAUUAACAGUGUUGUUUUAACUCAUGUGGAUCCAGAAAUAGGUCAGUAUUAUGCAUUGCCGCAUUCGAAAGAUCCUGGAAAUCCGAUAAAUCCUAAACGUUUUACGCUGCUAAAGAAAGCAAAACAGCGAAUGGCAAUUGACGGAUUAUCAGCAGUUGGAAAUUUGUAUACAAUACAAAAAAAGGAAUAUAGAUUAUUGUAUACAUGGUUAAAUGUAGUUUGCAACCAAACUGAUCUAAUAAAAAGAUACAAUGUUUAAUUUCCAAAAUUAUUCACCAACCUAAUAAAAUGUGAUUUUUUACUAACCGGAAAACGUGUUCUGCAAUAAAAAUGUUGAUGUAUUUGAAUAUAUUAAAUGAUUGCCUUGACACUUUUUGGCAGAAUAAUGGAAACCUGUUUCCGCCUGGCUAGCGUGGUCACUCAUAUUCGUUGCGGUAUUAUUGUUGGGGAUUCGAUAAUAAAGCAUUUAUCUCCGAUUGAGGGAGUACAGCUCCAUCCUUUUCCUGGUACAACUAUUUCGAGGCUGACACAGCAAAUUACGAGUUGCUUAGGUGGGGCUUCCUUUAGUUUUGUUUUGGUUCAUGUUGGCACUAAUAAUGUGGCCAAAGGAGACAGUGUAUCUUUUAUGGGUAGCGCAUUUGCGGAUUUGGUUUGUGCUGUUCGUAAACAACAGACAAAUAUUCGUGUGAUCAUAUCAGCAGUACUCCCUCGGCCUGUCGAUGAUGCGUCUACAAAGAGAGUUAUUGUUAGUUUAAACUCAUAUUUGAUAAAGACCAUGGCUAAGGAUUUGAACUUUUUAUUUAUUAAAUCGAAUAGACCCUUUUGUUAUCAAGGGGAAAUCAAACGUUAUUUAUAUGCUUGAAUGGGGGUUUACAUUUGAAUUUCAAGAGGUACAAGACGUUUGAGAGAAAACAAUUCUACGUGUGACUUCUAACUUGUGAAAAAAGGGAAAUAAUUAAAGAGGGAAUUGUGGUCAUGGUCUUUCUGUGAUUCAAUGUUUAUUAUUUAAUUAUUUUAUCUUUUUUGGUUCUUUUUGAAAUUUAAA